GGAGAUAGAAUUUGAAGCGAAAAAUCAAUGGCUUCCUCCCGCAUUGUUGCUAUCUUUUCGCUGGUUGCUGCAUUUGUUUCAACAUCCACGUUGGCUAAGGAAUUCAUUGUUGGUGAUCAGGCCGGGUGGAUGACCUGGUUCAAUUACAAAAAUUGGGCACAGGGCAAGGACUUCAUGGUUGGAGAUACAUUAGUUUUUAACUAUGCUGUUGGAAAAUCACAAUGUGUUCAAAGUGAAUGGAACUGGUUCCAAAACUGUAUUGUGCCACCAGCAAAUGAGUCCCUCACUACUGGUAAAGACAAAAUUGUGCUGGGGAGUUCAGGCAAAAAAUGGUACAUUUGUGGUGUGGGUAGCCCUGUGAUGGAGGUCGAAAGCUGGCUAUACAAGUGAUGGGAAAUAUAUUGGCUCCUGCACCCUCUCGAAGUAGUGGUGUCAAAGCUACCAUUUCUAAACUUUCAAAGAUGAUCAUCAAUCACUUUGGUGAUCAUGGUUUGAUCUGGAUUUUGUAUUCUUAUAAUUUUGAUGAUUUGUUUAGCCCAAUUAUUCCAAAUAACUUAUCAUGUAAAAAUUUAAUAUGUGCAAAUUUAAUUAUGAUUAUAUGAAGUUAUGAAACAUCCCACAUUGGUUAAAUCAAGGAGCGAUGAAGGGUUUCACAUAUAAAUAGAGCGCGCACAACAAUAUAUUACAUACUUACCUGGAUCAAGAAGAUGAGAGAUGUGCAACCAAACGAAUUCAACAAGUUCAAACCAAAAGGAAGAUGAAAAAGCCGCUGUAAUGGGCAUGAAAAUGAUUGAGAUACAGGAGAUUCCAAAUCAACUAACCUAAUAUUCUUUGCACUAUCACUUAACAUAAAGCCUCAAACUUAACAAAGGAAAAUUUUUCGUCCCCCAAUUUCUUACUCUCAUGUUAAAAAUCACAUACAGCUGCCCGUUGAUCAAUGAAUAUCCCACGUGCAACAUCGAUUGAGGAUUUAAAUGGGGGACAAUAUUUGGAGAGCUC